AUGACGGUCCUCAGUUUUACCGCUCAGGGUGUGAAACAUGGUAACGCAUUCACUCUCCAUCUUUCGAGGACACGAAACACUUGCAAGCCAAUGAAUUAUUGAUCACGUUUGGACAGUAUCCGUAUCCAUGCAGUGUCGCGACUUUUGGAGGUGUAACUGGGUAAGAUGUCCAUUUAAUAGUCUAUCUUUUCGUCUGUAUUGCAUUACGUAACGUAAAUGACGUGACAUUUCACAGACUUUCGCGGGUGAAUGGAGGACACUUGCAAAAUGUUAGAAUUCGAUGUGCUUAUUGUCGUUAGAUUUAUCGUCAUAUGGUCGUAUCCUAUGCCCCCUUGAUAGUAGCUCAUUGGUUGAAGGGGCCAAAUUGCCGGCUAUUUGCUAAGAAAUGCCAGGGAGGUGUACCUGUGUACAGUCUAAAAGUUGAGUGCAGUGACAGGUCAACCGAGGAUUCCUUUUUAUAUUCAUGGUAAUUGUAGUAGUCAGGGUAACACCCAACAAACGGCAGUUAUUGCAGGUGCGAUCAAGGAUUUUUACAGGAUUCGUGUGUGUGUGAGAGAGAGAGAGAGAGGGAGAGAGAGAGAGAGAGUAAGAGAGAGAUGGAGAGAGAGAGAGUUAUGACGACUUUUAGAGGUCGAACGAGCAUUGAGAGCGAUCUCUCGGCGCGAUGUCUAUCGCUCCCCUCUCGCGCCUCGCAACUCUCUCUCUCCGGCGCGCUCUCGCUCGCUCCUGCUCCUCUCUCCUUCGCUCGCUCUCUAGCUUUCUCUUCGCUCCUCUCUCCUCCUCCUCGCCCUCUCUCCUCUCUCUCGUCUCUCUCCCUCCUCUCCCCUCUCCCUCUUCUCUCUCUCUCUCUACCUCCUCUCAGAGAUGCCCAUUCCAUCCAGGAGACCGAAUAAGCAACUUUGUUACCAGGCAUAGCUUUGUCUCCCCUGGCACAGCGCGUCAUGAAAAGAGAAAGGCAUUUGGCAGUUAUGGUUGAUCAGCAUUUCUUUUCAUCCUCUUAGGUGCGUUAGUGAGGCAAACGUGUUCAUAACAAAUAGGCAUCUUAGAACAUUAGUAAGUCAUACAAUGGAGCAUACGCUGUCCUACCUAACAAGGAACGUUAAUAUUUACCAGUGAGUGAGGUAAGAAUGUCUAAAUAUGAUUAUACUAUGUAGAUAUGACAUGGGAAUGUUUGCAUUGGAUGCUGAAGCUACGUUUCUGUGACGAUAGCCAUCAUAUUUUUUAGAUAAGUGUAUACAUUAUUUUGAUUAUGGCUUUUGAACAUCAAGGCUAUUUGAUUGCAUAUGUCAUGUUUUCCUUAUUUUGAUAAUAAUAAUAAUAAUAAUUUGAUAAAACAUUUAAUAAUAAUAAUUUAAUAAUGAAUGUUUUCACAACUGGGCUGAAGUAUGGACUGUUGCUAUGCCCUUGUUCAUUAUUCAUGUAAAUGGUAUGGUACUGACUGGUGUUACUGGAGUUUAAUUAAUGUCAAGGUUUUCAUUAAGAAUCCUGCUCUUUUCUAGUUCAGUUAGUUUGGGUCAUUCUGUGGUAGCCAGAAGUUACCCUUGGGCAGGUGCUAUUCCUGAGCAUAUUAUAAUUACAGGCUGUUUGAGGACUCAUGAGUUGUUUAAGCAUGUUUAGUCGUAUGACCUGGAUGUCUUCUUCUUCUAGAUGACAGUGCAAUACUUCGGCAGCACAAAAGUGUGAGUUUGGCCCAUCGACACAGGACAAUGAACCACUGGAUUGUAAUCGUAUUGUUGCUGGCUACAUCAGUGGGCGUCGUUGAGAUGUUUGACAAUUAUGGAGAGACAUGUCGAAGAUUGUGUGCCUGUGAGGAGAAAGAGGGGAUACUAACUGUGGAGUGUGAAAGUAGAGGAAUAGUCCAUAUCUCUGAAGUUAGCCCCGUGUACUUCACAACAUAUCAUUUACUACUCACAGGGAACCUUUUGAAGAGGCUCUCCGCCAACGACUUUGUUGAAUACAAUGGGCUUACAAUAUUGCAUCUGGGCAACAAUGACAUAUCCAAUGUUGAAUCAGGAGCUUUUAAUGGACUACAGGGAUUAAAAAGAUUACAUCUCAACAGUAACAAAAUCGAUGCCUUGACGGAAGAUUUGUUUGUCGGCCUUGAAAGUCUGGAAUAUCUUCAGCUAGACUACAAUUCCAUCACCCAUGUCGAGCCAAAAGCCUUCAGCAAACUGCGUCAUCUGGAGGUCCUGAUUUUAAAUGACAACUUAAUUUCCACUCUCCCCACUAACAUUUUCCAAUAUGUCCCUUUGACUCACCUUGACCUGAGGGGGAAUCAACUGAAACUGCUCCCUUAUUCGGGUCUUUUGGAACACAUGGACAGCGUUGUGGAAUUACAACUAGAGGAGAACCCCUGGAACUGCUCUUGUGAGCUGAUCGCACUGAAGGCUUGGCUCGAGAGCAUAUCCUACACCGCUUUAGUGGGCGAUGUGGUCUGUGAGUUUCCAUUCCGGCUUCAUGGGAGAGAUCUUGAUGAAGUCUCUAAACAGGAACUGUGCCCCAGGAGAGCUAUUGCAGAGUAUGAGAUGCGUCCCCAGGCACAUCAAAGCACUGAUGCAUACUUUAGAACCACACCAGCCUCAGUCACAGCCCCGUUCACGUCCUCUGCCAUCUUACGGUCCUCGUCAAGGCCCACCAAGGGACCUCGCCUGUCAGGCAAGUUAAAGUCAAAACCCACGUCUCGCAUCCCCUCCAAUAAACCGCAAAACUACGGUCAAAUAGUCUCAUAUCAAACCAAAUCCCCUGUGCCUUUGGACUGUCCUACUGCCUGUACUUGCAAUCUCCAAAUUUCAGACCUCGGUCUGAAUGUUAACUGCCAAGAGAGAAAGAUUGAGCGCAUCUCUGACUUAAUUCCCAAACCCUACAAUCCCAAAAAGAUGUAUCUCACGGGGAAUUUUAUCCCUGUGGUGCGGAGAUCAGAUUUCGUCGAAUUGACUGGAUUAGAUUUGCUUCACCUUGGCAACAAUCUGAUCACUCACAUAUACGACAGAGCCUUUGGGAAUUUGACACACUUACGCAGGCUGUACUUGAAUGGGAAUUUGAUAGACCGCCUCACAGUCGAUAUGUUCUUUGGAUUAGAAAGUCUGCAGUUCCUAUAUUUAGAAUACAACAUCAUUAGAGAAAUUGUUUCAGACACCUUUCAGCAUGUCCCCAACCUUCAGCUGCUCUUCCUAAAUAACAACCUCCUGAAGACCUUACCCGGAGGAAUCUUUAAUGGGUUGACAUUGUCCAGACUAAAUCUUCGUAAUAAUCACCUCCGCAAUCUGCCUGUCAGUGGCGUGUUGGGUCAGCUGACAUCACUGGUGCAGGUAGACUUGUUCGAGAACCCCUGGGACUGCCGCUGCUCCAUCAUGAAGAUGAAGAUGUGGUUGGAACAGCUCAGCACCGGCACGGUUGUAGACAAUGUCAUCUGUGGCUCCCCUAAGAGACUGUUUGGGGAGGAUAUGCGAUACAUUAAGACAACUAAUUUCUGCCCUAAUAACUCUGAUAUCCUUGCCUCCAUGAUCCCACCCUCGGAAGAAUCCGUCCCCGGCAGCACUAUCACCAUAGAAACAUCCUUGGAUUAUGACACACAGAUCAACAGUGUUCCUCUGUCUGUUGUGAUCCUUUCCCUGCUCCUGAUCUUCAUCGUUUCAGUGUUUGUCGCUGCAGGACUGUUUGCGGCUGUGACGAGGAGACGUCAAAAGACACUAAAUGAGCAGAGUAACUCCAUGAACGCGUGCAUUAGUUCGCUGAACAUGGAGUACGGUCUUUACAAAAAGGGAUCCAUUCCAAAAGUCAGGACUUCUGCAGGGCAUGUAUAUGAGUACAUCCCCCCUCCCACUGAGCAAACGUAUAAAAAUACAGUCCCAACAUUCUAUAGGCCAAUGGAGAACAAAUCAGUGGAUGGGUACAGAGACUUUGAUCAGUUGAAUGUGGCAUUUCUGAAUAAUCACUCAGAAGAAGAGGCAGGUAGUAACGCAAUAAGCUCUGAGUACAGUGUUAGCACUCCACUCAACAAACACCCCCCCUUACAAGACGAUGUCCUAGACCCAGACAAGCCGUCAUCCUACAGCAAUACUUUACCAUGCAGGCAUACUGCCCAUUCAUCAAAUCAGUAUAACUCAGACUUCAAUGUCAGACAUCAAUACAUGCACCCAGAAAGAAUACAACAGACAAUAUUGUAUUGCACAGCACCGAGUGCUGUUUAUGUUGAGCCUAACAGGAGCGAGUACUGGGAACUGAAAGCCAAGCUUCAUAGUGAUCCCGACUACCUUGAAGUUCUUGAGAAACGUACCACAUUCACCCAGUUUUGA